AAAUGUGCCCCAGAGAAGCCAACUAACAAACGGGUCACUGGUGGGACACUAUUGGCUCCACCCACUUUUUUUUUUUUUUUUUUAAAGCAAAACUCCAGACAAAAAGUCAGCUUUUGCAACAAUGUGACAAAAAAAAAAAAAAAGAAGUUUACCCACUGAAUUUUCCUGGAGUGCAUUCUUCACAUGAGUUGUGCUCGACAAGCAUGUUGUCGAGUCGGCUCCUGUUGGCGGUGCUCCUCAGCACCCAGGCCGCCUUCGGCUUCUCGGUGUCCGGCCAACAGCAGCAGCCGCAGCCGCCGUCGCCGUCGCCGGAGAGCACCUGCGAGGCUAACGGGAGCGUCUACUACUUGGGGGAGUGGUACUUCCUGGACUCGGACCACUGUACCCAGUGCGAGUGCACCGCCGAGGGCUCGGCCUGCGCCCGCACCGAGUGCACCAGCCUACCGGCGGGGUGCAUCCACGUGAGCCACUACCCGAGCGAUUGCUGCCCCCGCUGCGAGAAAAUCGGCUGCGAGUACCGAGGGGUUGUCUACGACCUGGGGCGCAACUUUCAGCCAAGCGAAUGCGAGCAGUGCACGUGCGACAACGACGGCAUCGCCCGCUGUCUGGUGGCCGACUGCGCCCCCCCGCCUUGCGUCAACCCAGUGUACCAGCCCGGCAAAUGUUGCCCCGAGUGCCAAGAGGGUCCAAACUGCUACGUGGACUCGUCCCGUAGCCGGGUGAUUCCUGCCGGCGAGCCCGUCUGGGUGGACUCCUGCACCAAGUGCCGGUGCCACGACGGCCAGGACGCCGGCUACUGGGAGGGCAACCGCCUGGCCACCUGCUCCCGGCUCAGGAACUGCACGCCCGAGCAGUUCCAGACACAAAAUUGAUAUCGGGCGUCAUCUAACCAAUACCCCAAAGACUUGUUUUUUUCCCCCCAUCAGUUUGUAGUUAAGACACGAGCAUUCAAAUGUUGAGAGAAGUGCUAAAUAAGUCCUGUAAAGAUUCUUGAAUAUUUUAGGUUCUUUUCUGGCACGGAUGCCAAACUGAAGUAGAAAAGUACUGAAUAGCAAAAGUUCAUAAAACAACAUCCAGUUUGUUAGCCUGGCCGGCCUAGUCUACAUCCUGGAGUCUGACCGGACAGACAGCGCCAUUUACAUUAGCUCUGGGGUGGACUGUACCAUUCACACAAAAACUCGAAUGCAUUUGGAUAAUUACCGUAAUUUCCGUCCCACAAGGCGUGACUUUUCGCACGCUUUCAACCCCGCGGUUUGUGCGGUCAUACGGCGCUAGCGUUAGCAUGGCGCUAGCAUUAGCGCACCUGGUUAUAAGCGCGGCGCUAGCGUUAAACUCUGUACGGAGGCUUAUAAACAGGUGCGCUUUGUAGGCCGAGAAUUACGGUAAGUUUUUCACCAAAAAGUGUAGCGUAGCAUUGAAAGGGCAAUCGUACCAUAAGGCCGCGUAAUAGACCUGUCACAGGUCGCCGCCGUGUUGCGAUUUCCAUUCAGCUAAUUGUCUAGCAAAGCAAUAAAUCAGUUUUAAGCCGUCCUCGGCGUUUCUCGCGUCGGCAUGUGAACGUCGAGCGGCGCUGGAGAGGAAUUGACCGGAUUUGUAAUUGCACCACAUGGAAAUAAAAAUUCACACUUUUCACUUUCCAAAAAUCAAUGAUGCUGUAGCGUGAAAGUACUGGACUGUAUAUGGAAUUUGGGAACGGGUUGCUCCUGUGUAAUAAAGCUCGGACGGUUCGUCAAGGUGAA